UGCGUUACGUCACCGGUGACGUCGAAAGAGACGUUACAGCUCACCGGCGUUGGCCCGGGGGGGGGGUGUCGCGGCCUGCCCGGUGUCCCGGCCGGCCCGGGGAAGUCGCAGGUGCUGCCAUGGCAGCUGCUCCCCAUCUCAUCCUGCAGCCACCGGAGCUCCCGGGGCAGCCGCUGGAGAACCCAAGGCAGCAGCAGGAGCACCCGGAGCAGCUGCCAGACCCGGAGCAGCAGCAGAAGCAGCAGCGGGAUCACUUGGAGCAGCCACUGGAGCAGCAGCUGGAUCACCCGGGGCAGCCGCUGGAGCACCGGAGCAACCUGGAGGAGUCACCCGAGCAGCGUCGAGCCGCUGACAUCAUCCACCUCCUGAGCCUCUACCGGCCCCUGAUCGACGCCUUCGUCAUCGAUUUCUUCACCGAGCGGCUGUGGGCGCAGCUGCCCCCGGCCUGGCAGCCCGCCCUGGACAGUGCCACCCCCCAGCAGCUGGCCGGGCUCCUGGGGGGCCAUGGUGGUCCUGGGGCUGCCUGGCCCCUGUCCCUGCUGGCCUUCGCCGCCGCCGCCCGGGCCCUCGCCUUCCCCCGGGGCUGCCCGUGGGGGACCCCUCGCCAGAGCCCCCGCCUGCACCCGCUGCUGCGCCGCCACAUCAAGCUCAAAAAGCAGCACGAGAUCCAACGCCUCGGCAAGCUGCUGCGGCGGCUGAGCCAGAGCACCGGCUGCCAGCGUGUGGUGGAUGUCGGAGCGGGACAGGGCCACCUCUCCCGCUUCCUGUCCUUCGGCCUCGGCCUGUCGGUCACAGCAGUGGAGAGUGACGGCCGCCUGGCCGGGGUGGCCAAGUGCUUUGACUGGGAGCUGCUGCGCGAGCUGCAGAAAACGGGGGCCUCGGGGCACGGGGGGCACCCCCGGCGCCGCCCAAACCACCUCGCGAAGCCCCUCACCCCCCGCGCCCCGCGCCACGUCCCCGGGCGCCUCGACCCCGCCGCUCCCUGGGGGGAAUUCCUGCUGCCCCCCGACCCACCGGGACCCGACCCCGCCGCCCAGAACCCGCUGGGGGGGCCGGGGGGCUCCGAGGACGGGGGGCCGGUGCUGGUGACGGGGCUCCACGCCUGCGGCGACCUCAGCCCGGCGCUGCUGCGCCACUUCGCCCGCAGCCCCGCCGUGGCCGCCGUGGCCUCCGUGGGCUGCUGCUACAUGAAAGUGUCGACCGCCCCGCAGCCCCCUGGCUGCCCCCCGCCGGGGUACCCCCUGAGCGCCACGGUGGCGGCGCUGCCGGGCCACCAGCUGUCGUACCGGGCGCGGGAGGCCGCGUGCCACGCGCGGGAGGAGUACGAGGGGCGGCUGCGCAGCGGCGGCGCCCGCCUGUGCACCCACUGCUACCGCGCCGCCCUCGAGAGCCUCAUCCAGGCCGCCGACCCUGCCAAGAGGCACCUGGGCCUGCAGGCGGGCAGGAACGCGCACGCCCUCGGCUUCCACCAAUACGCCCGCCUGGGGCUGCGCCUGGCAGGGCUGGACCCGUCGGGGGUCCCGCUGGACUCGGGGGCUGUGGAGGCCAUGCUGGAGCAGCAGCACAAGGUGCUCGCAUUCUGCACCCUGAAGCAGCUCCUGGCGCCCGUCGUGGAGACCCUGGUGCUGCUCGACCGCCUGCUGUACCUGCGGGAGCGAGGUUUCCACUGUGCCCUCGUGCCCCUCUUCAACCCCCUGUUCUCUCCCCGGAACCUGGUGCUCGUGGCCGCGCGGACCCCGCUGGCCGCGGUGCUGGCCGAGGACAGCGAGGACGGGGACAGCAGCGAGGACGAGGACCCAGGGGGUUGAGAGCCCCUCGGGGAGAGCAGAGCCCCCCUGCCUCGGGCACAAACCACAAUAAACCCGCGAUUUUUACUGCCCA